AUGAGUGACAGUGACGAUAGUGUUGAACCAACUGCUGAGGAUGCUAAAAGCGAAAAACUCCAGCAAUCAGAAAAAGAUAAAGCAGCUAAAUCACUCGCUGAAGCGUAUACCAAGAAUACCAAAGAAGUAAUUACUGUUAAACAGGUUAUGAAAAAAUUGAACAAUAUAAAAACCAAAGUAAAAGAAGCCACAUACCUUAAAAAGAUGGGUAAUAAGAAAAUUGUACUCACGGAUUGGCAAAAGAAAUGUAAUGCUAUUUGGAAUACCGAGGAAGUUCAGGGAGCGAACCUGUGCUGA